UGAAAAAACGCGCAAAAGUCGGUUGCAGGAGUUUAAUUGUGAGGACAAAAUUACAUUAAUACGAUGUCGUGGAGUUGUGGGAUUUAUCAAAUGAAAAGCAUUUUAAUGCAACCUUUAUAAAAAGAGCGUGGGGGGAAAUGGAUAAAGAUAAUUACAGUUGCAGGCUGGCGUGGAAGUCGCUGCGGGACAGGUAUAAAUACCACCUGAAUUGCAAGCGACCGAAGAGUGAAAGUGCUGGAGGUGUACCACUGGAGAAGCCAACGGGUGUUGCAGAUUUCGCCCCCUACAUGUCCUUACUGCCGGACUUAUUGACGCAGAGGCAAACAACCCGAUCUUGCUUUUCUAAAAGCGAAGGAGCACAUGCGAUUGAAGUUAGCUAUUUGGAAGCGGAAGCGGAGCUGGAGGUCGGGCUGUCUGAGCUGCCCGAGGAAUUGUAUUCCUACGGUGGAGGAAGAAAAAACCGCGAAGAAGCGAAAGGUGCAGGAAUCACCAGCAACAAAAAUAUAUAUAAAUAUAUAUAAAACUUCCUGGAGCAACAACAAAUCCUACUCCUCCUACUCCUUAACCACUGCAGUGUGGCCCAGGACCUUCUCACCCAAACAAUUUCCGAGCUCAAAAUAGACCUGGCAAUUCUGAGCGAACCAUACAAAGCAAUUAGAUCCAACACGUGGGCCACGGAUCAAUUGGGAAAAGCAGCAAUCUGGACAUGUGGGCAACCGGCCCAACAUAUAGCAUGCGUGAAAGCAGCAAAAGGCUACGUAAGGGCGAAGCUAAAAGACCUUUGGGUUUUUAGCUGCUACUUUCCACCCAGCUGGACACUAGAGGAGUUUAGCGAGACGAUAGACAGCCUGGCAAACGACAUAAGAGCACACUCGCCUGCGAUUGAUGCUGGGGACUUCAAUGCGUGGUCAACGGAGUGGGAGUCAGCCUCAACAAACGCCUGAGGAAGAUGCUGGACGUAGUCCUUCAAAACACGGGUUCCACCCCUACAUUUAGGAGAGCGGGAGUCCAUAAUCGACCUCACCUACGUAAGCGCAAGCUCGGCGGCGACGGCGACCUGGGAAAUUAGCGAGACCUACACGGUGAGCGACCAUAAUGCAAUUAUAAGCACCAUCCAAACGCGAAGAACCGCCACACCGACAAUUACUCGAGGACACUACAAAGAAAAUACGAUUGACAUACCAGCAUUUAGAGCGGCCCUGGAAGGGAUGGAAUUGGCGGACAACGAACGGGCAUUGAUGGACAAGGUCAAAGAAGCCUGCGUCGCCAGCAUGCAGCGCAGUAAAAGCUUCAAGGGGCGCAAGCCAGUCUACUGGUGGAACCAAGCGAUUGAGGAGGCACGCCGUGAAUGCAUAAGCGCUAGGAGAGCCUACCAUAGGGCCCGCGGAACCAAAGCUUUCCAUAUACUUAGGGAAGUUUUCACCCAAAAGAGGAAGAUCCUAAAGCGAGAAAUUAAAAGCAGCAAAAAGCUGUGCUUCCUGCAACUUUGCGAUGAAGCAGAAAACGACUUGUGGUGAAGGGCCUACAAGGUGGUCAUGAAAAAAACCAACGCCGUUAAAAACGUGACCCCAUAAGAUUCUGAGAAACUGGGAGAGAUAAUAAGGCACCUAACGAGAGGCCCUAAACAGGCCAGCCUUGCGAAGCAAUGCUUCACGGCAGUCCCGCAAGUCUGGAUAUCAUAUGUAUAUUUAUUUUUGUCAAUGUAUGUAAUUUAUGAAUAAAAAAAUAAAAAAAAGGCCCAUAUUUACAUACUGGGAAUCAAU